CGCUCGGGGGCGCGCCGUGCGGUCCCGCGGGGCAGUGGGAAAAGGCCGCGGCGGGGCGCAAACGCCGCAGGUGAUUUAGGCGGGGAGCCGGUGCGCGGGCGGCAGCAGAGGAGUGGAGGCGGGAGGCGGGCGGUCGCUCGGCUCCGCUCACAGCCUGGGCGCUGCGGGCUGAGGAGACUAGGCGAGCCCAGGAGGGUGAAGGGCGCGCGGCACCCACUUGACGGCCGGCGGCGCUCGCGGCCCUCAGCAUGUUUCGAGAGACGAGGGUUUUGCUCCCACCGGUGGGCUGAGGCGGCGGCGGCGGCCAGAAGAAGCGACAUGCACCUGCCAGCCGCGGCUUAGAGGACGCGGCAGGCGGCAAGUCCCGGCCGCCAGUCGGAGGGCUUUCUUCGCCCGGCCGUCGCCGUCUCCUGCCGCCUCGGGCCCAAGCCGGAGCGGAGGGGUGGGCGCCCCGACAUGGCGGCCCGGAGCGCCCCGAAUUGCCACCUGCGGCUCGAGUGGGUGUACGGCUACCGGGGCCACCAGUGCCGCAACAACCUCUACUACACGGCGGCCAAGGAGAUCGUGUACUUCGUGGCGGGCGUCGGCGUGGUGUACAGCCCGCGGGAGCAUCGGCAGAAGUUCUACCGGGGCCACAGCGACGACAUCAUCAGCCUUGCUUUGCAUCCUGAACGAAUAUUGGUAGCAACAGGACAAGUUGGGAAAGAGCCCUAUAUCUGCAUUUGGGAUUCAUACACUGUGCAGACCAUAUCAAUUCUGAAGGAUGUUCAUACACAUGGUAUAGCUUGCUUAGCAUUUGACUUAGAGGGACAGCGCUUGGUUUCAGUUGGACUCGAUUCAAAGAAUGCCGUUUGUGUUUGGGAUUGGAAAAGGGGGAAAAUGUUAUCUAUGGCUCCUGGUCACACAGAUAGAAUAUUUGAUGUUUCUUGGGAUUUGUACCAGCCAAAUAAACUUGUCAGCUGUGGCGUAAAACACAUCAAGUUCUGGAGUUUAUGUGGAAAUGCUCUGACCCCAAAACGAGGGGUCUUUGGUAAGACUGGUGACCUUCAGACGAUAUUGUGCCUGGCUUGUGCAAGGGAUGAAGUCACAUAUUCUGGUGCACUCAAUGGGGAUAUAUAUGUUUGGAAAGGAAUCAAUCUUAUACGAACAAUACAAGGAGCUCAUACUGCAGGAAUUUUUAGCAUGAAUGCUUGUGAAGAAGGCUUUGCUACUGGUGGCAGAGACGGCUGUAUUCGUCUUUGGGAUUUAACUUUUAAACCAAUUACUGUGAUUGAUCUCAGGGAAACAGAGCAGGGAUACAAAGGUUUGUCUGUGAGGAGUGUUUGUUGGCGAGGUGACCACAUUCUAGUUGGAACACAGGACAGUGAAAUUUUUGAAAUCGUGGUGCAUGAAAGAAGUAAACCUUUCUUAAUUAUGCAAGGGCAUUGUGAAGGUGAACUUUGGGCACUUGCCAUCCAUCCUACUAAACCUUUGGCUGUGACUGGAAGUGAUGAUCGUUCAGUCAGGAUAUGGAAUUUAGUAGAUCAUGCACUAAUAGCAAGGUGUAAUAUGGAAGAACCAAUUCGCUGUGCAGCUGUAAAUGUAGAUGGAAUCCAUCUUGCCCUCGGAAUGAAGGAUGGCUCAUUCACUGUACUUAGAGUAAGAGAUAUGACAGAAGUUGUACAUAUUAAAGAUAGGAAGGAGGCAAUUCAUGAGUUAAAAUAUUCACCAGACGGAACUUACCUUGCUGUUGGAUGCAAUGACAGCUCAGUUGAUAUUUAUGGAGUUGCUCAGCGUUAUAAAAAAUUUGGGGAAUGUGUGGGAUCACUUAGUUUCAUCACUCAUAUGGACUGGUCAUCAAACAGUAGAUAUUUACAGACAAAUGAUGGAUAUGGUAAAAGACUAUUUUAUAGGAUGCCAGGAGGAAAGGAAGUGACAAAUAAAGAAGAAAUAAAAGGUGUUCACUGGGCUUCAUGGACAUGUGUUUCAGGCCUUGAAGUAAAUGGAAUUUGGCCGAAGUAUUCAGAUAUCAAUGAUAUAAAUUCAGUAGAUGGAAACUAUAUUGGCCAAGUUUUAGUUACAGCUGAUGACUAUGGAAUUGUAAAAUUAUUCCGAUAUCCUUGUUUAAGAAAAGGGGCCAAGUUUAAAAAAUAUAUUGGCCACUCGGCUCACGUAACUAAUGUCAGAUGGUCACAUGAUUAUCAGUGGGUUAUUUCUAUUGGUGGAGCAGAUCACUCUGUCUUUCAGUGGAAAUUUAUUCCUGAAAGAAAACUAAAAGAUGCUCUUCACAUAGCACCCCAAGAAAGUCUGGCUGACUCUAAUAGUGAUGAAUCAGAUUCAGAUCUGUCUGAUGUUCCAGAACUGGAUUCUGAAAUUGAGCAAGAGACACAGCUCACCUACCGUCGGCAGGUUUACAAAGAAGAUCUACCUCAGCUUAAAGAACAAUACAAAGAGAAACAAAAAAGCAGUACUUCUAAAAGAAGAGAACAGGCUCCAGGAAAUAGUAUUCGAUUACAUUUUAUUCACGGUUACAGAGGUUAUGACUGUAGAAGUAAUCUGUUUUAUACUCAAAUUGGUGAAAUUGUGUACCAUGUGGCAGCAGUGGGUGUCAUUUAUAAUCGACAACAGAACACACAGCGCUUUUACCUGGGUCAUGAUGACGAUAUUCUCUGCCUAGCUAUGCAUCCUUUGAAAGACUACGUGGCAACAGGUCAGGUAGGUAGGGAUCCCUCAGUUCACAUAUGGGAUACAGAGACCAUUAAACCAUUGUCGAUAUUAAAGGGCUGCCACCAGUAUGGUGUCUGUGCUGUUGAUUUCUCAGCGGAUGGGAAACGUUUGGCUUCCGUUGGAAUAGACGAUAGCCACACUAUUGUGCUGUGGGACUGGAAGAAAGGAGAGAAACUUUCAAUAGCAAGAGGAAGUAAAGAUAAGAUUUUUGUUGUAAAGAUGAACCCCUACGUGCCUGAUAAAUUAAUUACAGCUGGAAUUAAACACAUGAAGUUUUGGCGUAGAGCAGGGGGAGGAUUGAUUGGAAGAAAAGGCUACAUAGGCACACUGGGGAAAAGUGACACCAUGAUGUGUGCAGUGUAUGGCUGGACUGAGGAGAUGGCCUUUUCUGGAACGUCCACCGGAGACGUGUGUAUUUGGAGAGACGUCUUUCUUGUGAAAACAGUCAAAGCUCAUGAUGGGCCAGUGUUCAGUAUGCAUGCAUUGGAAAAAGGAUUUGUAACUGGAGGAAAAGAUGGUAUAGUAGCUCUUUGGGAUGACUCCUUUGAAAGAUGUCUCAAGACCUAUGCUAUAAAAAGAGCUGCUUUGGCCCCAGGAUCUAAAGGUCUUCUCUUGGAAGAUAACCCAUCUAUACGUGCCAUAUCAUUAGGACAUGGUCAUAUUUUAGUUGGCACAAAGAAUGGUGAAAUAUUAGAAGUGGAUAAAAGUGGCCCAAUAACACUUCUGGUACAGGGACACAUGGAAGGAGAGGUGUGGGGUUUGGCUACACAUCCUUAUCUGCCCAUCUGUGCUACUGUAAGUGAUGAUAAAACCUUAAGAAUAUGGGAUCUCUCGCCUAGUCAUUGUAUGUUGGCUGUCCGGAAGCUGAAAAAGGGCGGACGAUGCUGCUGUUUCUCUCCUGAUGGUAAAGCUUUAGCUGUGGGUCUCAGUGAUGGAGGUUUCUUAAUGGCAAAUGCAGAUACUCUAGAGGAUCUUGUAUCUUUUCACCACAGAAAAGAUAUUAUUUCAGAUAUCCGAUUCUCACCAGGUUCUGGGAAAUAUCUUGCAGUAGCAUCCCAUGACAGCUUUGUAGAUAUAUACAAUGUAAUGAGUAGUAAAAGAGUAGGAAUAUGCAAAGGCGCUACGAGUUAUAUAACCCAUAUCGAUUGGGAUAUUAGAGGAAAGCUUUUACAGGUCAACACUGGUGCUAAAGAACAGUUAUUCUUUGAGGCUCCCAGAGGGAAAAGACAAAACAUCCCCAGUGUGGAGGUAGAAAAAAUUGUUUGGGCAUCAUGCACAAGUGUACUUGGUUUAUGCUGUGAGGGAAUUUGGCCAGUAAUUGGAGAAGUCACAGAUGUAACUGCCUCAUGCCUCACCAGCAACAAAAUGAUUCUAGCGACUGGGGAUGAUUUGGGAUUUGUGAAGUUAUUUAGAUAUCCUGCUAAAGGAAAAUUUGGAAAGUUUAAGAAGUAUGUGGCUCAUAGUACACAUGUCACAAAUGUUCGCUGGACUUAUGAUGACAGCAUGUUGGUUACCUUAGGAGGUGCAGAUAUGUCUUUAAUGGUUUGGACAAAUGAAAUGGAGGGCUAUCGUGAAAAAAGGACUUGUGAUAGUGAAGAAUCUGAUACAGAUUCUGAAGAAGAUGGGGGCUAUGACAGUGAUGUUACAAGGGAGAAUGAAAUCACUUACACCAUCAGAGCCUUAUCAACAAAUAUUCGUCCAAUGUUUGGGAUCAAGCCUCAUUUACAACAAAAAGAACCCUCAAUUGAUGAGAGGCAGGGGGUAGUAAGAGGUUCCAGGCCUCCCGUGAGCAGGGCCCCGCCACAGCCGGAGAAACUCCAGACAAACAAUGUUGGCAAGAAAAAGAGACCCAUAGAGGACCUUGUGUUGGAGCUUGUUAUUGGCUAUCGAGGCAGAGACUGUAGGAAUAAUGCUCACUAUUUAAAUGAUGGUGAUGAUAUAAUUUAUCAUACUGCAUCCAUUGGGAUUCUGCACAAUGUUGCCACAGGGACUCAGAGUUUUUAUCAGGAACAUAACGAUGAUAUUCUGUGCCUCACUGUAAAUCAGCACCCCAAAUUUAUCAACAUAGUGGCAACGGGCCAAGUAGGUGAUUCAACAGACAUGUCAGCUACAGCUCCUUCUAUCCACAUCUGGGAUGCAAUGAACAAGCAGACUUUAUCUAUACUAAGAUGCUCCCAUUCCAAGGGAGUGUGUUCAGUCAGCUUCAGUGCUACUGGCAAACUCUUGCUGUCAGUGGGACUAGAUGCAGAACAUACUGUUACCAUUUGGAGAUGGCAAGAAGGUACCAAAAUUGCCAGCAGAGCUGGUCACAACCAACGUAUUUUUGUGGCAGAAUUCCGACCUGAUUCAGAUUCCCAGUUUGUCUCUGUGGGAGUGAAACAUGUGAAGUUCUGGACACUGGCAGGAAGGGCUCUUCUUAGCAAAAAAGGGCUACUGAGCACACUGGAAGAUGCCCGGAUGCAGACCAUGCUUGCUGUUGCAUUUGGUGCAAAUAACUUGACGUUUACAGGUACCAUCAGUGGAGAUGUCUGUGUAUGGAAAGCUCACAUGUUGUGUAGAAUCGUGGCCAGAGCUCACAAUGGGCCUGUGUUCGCCAUGUACACCACCCUGCGGGACGGCCUUAUUGUGACGGGUGGCAAGGAGAGGCCGUCAAAAGAAGGCGGAGCCGUCAAACUGUGGGAUCAGGAGCUCAGACGAUGCCGAGCCUUCCGGCUGGAGACAGGACAAGCCACAGACUGCGUCCGUUCCGUGUGCAGAGGCAAAGGCAAGAUACUAGUUGGGACAAGGAAUGCUGAAAUAAUUGAAGUUGGAGAAAAAAAUGCAGCAUGUAAUAUUUUAGUUAACGGUCACGUGGAUGGACCCAUAUGGGGACUAGCCACACAUCCUUCCAGGGACUUUUUCCUUUCUGCUGCAGAAGAUGGCACAGUGAGACUCUGGGACAUUGCUGAUAAAAAGAUGUUAAACAAAGUGAAUUUGGGACAUGCUGCUCGCACUGUGUGUUACAGCCCUGAAGGGGACAUGGUGGCUAUUGGAAUGAAAAAUGGAGAAUUUAUUAUUUUACUGGUGACCUCUCUAAAAAUAUGGGGAAAGAAGAGAGAUAGACGAUGUACAAUCCAUGAUAUCAGAUUUAGUCCCGAUUCCCGGUUUCUGGCAGUGGGUUCCAGUGAGAACGCAGUGGAUUUUUAUGACCUGUCAUUGGGCCCCACCCUUAACAGAAUCAGCUACUGCAAAGACAUCCCAAGCUUUGUCAUUCAAAUGGACUUCUCUGCAGAUAGCAGACACCUCCAGGUCUCCACUGGUUGCUAUAAACGGCAUGUCUAUGAAGUGCCUUCAGGAAGACAUCUUAUGGAUCAGGCUGCCAUUGACAGAAUUACUUGGGCCACAUGGACUAGUAUUCUAGGAGAUGAAGUUGUGGGAAUUUGGUCCAGACAUGCUGAGAAAGCUGAUGUCAACUGUGCCUGCGUAUCUCAUUCAGGAAUCAGCCUUGUAACAGGAGAUGACUUUGGCAUGGUUAAGUUAUUUGACUUUCCAUGUCCUGAAAAAUUUGCGAAGCACAAAAGGUUUGUGGGUCAUUCACCCCAUGUGACAAAUAUUCGAUUUACCAGUGGUGAUCGACAUGUUGUUAGUGCUGGAGGUGAUGACUGCAGGUGGGUAACUUUCUCAGCCCAAGAAGAGCAGACAGUCUGUACUAGUUCCUAAGAGCUUUAAUAGCACGUCCACAACUUCAGUUUACGGACUGAGUAAGCAACAUAAGGUAGCAUAACCAGUUAGCUCCUGGAGUCACAUACCAUGUAAAUACAGAAUAAAAGGAGUUAAUGAGAGAAAAUUUUAUAUACGUAUGUAUGAUUUGAAAGCUCAAUUGAAAACAUUAAACUUCUGAAAAUCUAGAAAUAUAAUCAACUCACUGCAAUUUCCCCUCUGAUUGCAGUUUAUUUGUCUGGAAAUGUGUACAUAUGCUUCACUGAAAGAUAUGGACGCCGAGAAGACUAUAACUUAACAGCCUUGAGAAACCAGAAUUAACAGAAGAGGGGGAAAAAACAGAACCAAAUCCUGCAUGGUCAAGUGGUGCUAAUUUAAGACUGUAACAGGGAUAUAUGCCCAGAAUCAUCAAAAUAGAAGAUUGAUAAAUUCAAAAUAUUUAUUAUAAUACUAUAUGCACUGGGUAACUGUCAUAAUCCAUACACUGCCAGAUAAUUACAUUUCAAGAAAGGACUGAAUAAAUACUCCAUGGUGAAAGCUAACCCCCACUUUUGGGGAGUGUGCAUAUUUGGCAUAAGUAUGGCUAGGGUUUAGGGGGACAGCACUCCUCAAAAAACAAACCAAACCUUUAAAAACUGAACUUGGAUAAUUUUCAUCAUUUUUUUAACAAAACUUUUUUCUUUUUGGAAUUUAUAUUUUAUUUGCAAUCACUGUUUAAUGAAAUAGUUUAUCCUUGUGUUUACAUAAGGAAGCACACCAUUACCCUAAAGGAUCAGUUUUUAAAAGGCAAACAUUUUCACUAAGGAAAGAGGUUUCACUGGAGGAUGUAAUACUUCUUAAGCAUUAAUAAAAGUCCUUUUUAUAAAGGACUUUUUCCUCCUGGCAGUUUAAAGUUCAAGAACAAAUCCAAAGUUAGUAAUACAUGAUUGCUACAUUUUCAUUUUUGAGCUAUCAAUCUAUGUUCAAAAGUCAUGUCUAGAAUUAAAAAAUUAAAAUAUAGCCUCAUUAAUGAAACAAUCUGAAGAAUAAUUUCCAAUGGUGUACAUACAGAUUUUUAAGGUUUUAGAUAGCAAUAGUAUUUAACUUGGAGAGAAUACUGAAUAUUUAAAGAUGUAGUCUAAUAGAAACAUUUUGUUUAACAUAUAAACUAAAGCGUUAAAAUCACAUUUACAAAGUACAGUUUAGUUAACUCUUGAAAUAAAAUUUUUACAACUUUUUUUUUAAUUGGAAAAUUUUAGUUAGAUGUACGAGUAUGCCACCCCAUAGGCUGACUUCCAAAAGGAAUGCAUACAAGUUCACUCACUUGUAUACAAAACUUGUCUAUUAAAAUUCCUUUUUGGUGGCUUGGGGCUGAACUCUUAGAUCUUUAUUCCUAUUCACAUUAAAUGCUGCCAAAGAUCAGUACUUGCCAUUCAGGAAUUUGCUCUUUAGCCUAUCUGUAGUUUCCUGAAGAUUGGAAAUUAUGUAGACUGAUAUUUAAAAAUAUAUUUUUCUAAGUAUGAAGAAGUUUCAGAUGCUCUAUUGGUCCUAUGAAUUUUUAUUUUAAUGUGUUAUCUUUGUAGCAUAAUAGACUCCUUUAGGUUUCUAGAAAUCUCAGUUUUCUAUGUCUAACAACUUGUAAAUACUAAAAACAGAAAUGGCUGAACUAUAUAGCACAGAAAGCCUAACCAGUGAUGGAGCUGGUCAGUUUUAAAGGUCUGAGUGGCUGUGUCUGAAUGACUGAUCCAGGUAUUCAUUUAGAAGCUUGAAAAAUAAUAUAAUUUCAUUACAUCAAAAUGUUCUCCUAAAUAAAGCCAAAUUUUAGAAUACACUAAUACCACAUUUUUAUUCAUAUACAAAGGGGCAGUCAGUAAAUUAAAGGGAAAAAAUUUCCCCGAACCACUCUCUUCCUUCAAUUUUGAGACUUGCAGUUUCAAAUUUUUCUUCUGAGUCAGGUUUGCCAGCUUUUGACUAAAGAGAAGUUCCAUUUCCAUUACAGUGCAGGUAGAAGCUCUAACUGUAACGUUAAGCAAGUAAACUAUACGGGAUGAGACUGCUUCCAUUGCAUUUCUGUUCUUCCAAGUGGCCAUGAUAAGCCAGCCUUAUUCACUGUUGUCAGUUUCACCACUAAAAGUCAUGUUGAUUUUAAGUAGUCAUCCCACAACCUCCUUUGCUUUUUUGCUUUUACCAGCCAUCAACUAAGGGAAAGUGAAUUCCGUGACAGGCCGUGGAGAUCCUACCUAUCCUGCGUGUGUCUUCUUUUAACCUAAAGAAUUAUGUGUGUGUGCAGUAUUUGACUAAGCUCCUGAAU